GGUUGAAUAGCAGAAAUGCAGUCGAAAUUUAGUUUUCAGCACCUCAAAAGCAAGAAUUUCCCCUCUAUCGAAGGGAAAGAUGCUCAAGAUUUUCUCAUGAAAUGGGGCAUGAAAGGACGCAUCAAAGCACAGACCUUCAGCUUUGAUCAGCAGUUCCAAACAUACCAGAAAGAAGAUUUUGCAAAGGCUUUCUUUGAGGACCCAGAAGUUCAGCAAAAUCUACAAGUUGUGUCUUCAGGGGGGAAGUGGUCAAGCUUUGGUACAAAAGUUGAAAAAGUUUCCAUCGCACCAGUUCCUUGCACGGUGAUCUCCAUGGAAUUCUUCGAUCGUCUCUACGGAGAGAUCGCCAGACAAGAGACGGGACAUAUUAAAAAAUGCUUCGAUGAGUAUGUGGGGGACACAAUAAUCUCUGAUGAGCUGAGAAAGGUACUCCUCCUGGAGGAAUCAGAAAACUAUGAACUGUUCAGCGAAGCUGAAAGAGAGGAGUUCUUGUUCAGGAUAUUCACCCAUAUUUGUAUUGGGGGUGAAGUGUGUCAGUUUGAGGACUUCAUCACACCUUAUCUUGACAUGGCUAAGGCUGUGUAUAAGGAGUUAGUCAGUGUCGUGAAGGAUAGUGAAACGAAAAAGCUUAGGGUAAUAUCACAUGCUUUUAGAGUCACAGCAGCGGACGCCGAGGGUGACGUUUAUCCCGCAGAUUCAGACCAUGACCAAAACUUCUCCUAUUUCAUCAUCGACCCCCUGAAGCGACACGUGACUGUCUUCUAUCAUCGAUUUGGCGCCGGAUUCAUGGAGUGAUCAUCCUGACAUCACGGAAACAUUCAAGCCAUCCAUCACAUUAGCUGUGCUUAAAGGGACUAUGAGAUUUGCCAACUGUGUUUAAAGGGACAUUAUUAUCAGUGAUUUGUUGUUGUAAAAAGGACAAUGCCAUCAGCUAUUGCUACAGUGUGCUUCCUUGAUACGUCGAGUGACCAUCACUAACAUAAUAUAAAUUGUGUUGCUACCGUCGGUUUUCAAGCUACUAUUCCUUUGCAUGCCUGCUCUUGGUUGAAAUGUUACAAAGACAAGCAGAAUUUCCUCUCCAGCAAAGAAAACGAUAAUGUGUUGCACUUUUCAUAUGAAAAAAGUAGACAGAAAAAUGUGAUUGAUGAUAUUACCACCAGGGGGCCACUUGGUGUCGUCUGCAGAAUUCUUUUGUCAUGAUGGCAAUGUUUACUGCUACUUAAUAAAAGACACCCUUGGGAAGAACCGUUCAUCUUCAUGAAAAAAACUUAUUCUUUGGUCUCCUUUACGAAGUGAAUACAUGUGGAUGUUACCAUGAUUGAGUGUCAUAAAUGUGGUUUCUUUGAUAGCAUAUUUCCAUCCAGUUUUCUCAUUGUUGUUCUCAUUAUGAUGAAACUUGCUCUUUUGACAAAUGUGACUCGCUCUACCAAAACUAUUUGGUCACAUUUCACAAAAGGUCUACAAUAGGGAAAUGAACAACAAGUCCGUAUCAACCCAAGGUAUCAACCUGUCAAGUUCAGAUGCGACAAGCGCCUAGUUUUGGUAGAGCGGGUCACAAAUGUGGCGAUCACCCGUUCCUCUGCUACUGCCAUCUGUUGUCAAUAAAGUGAAACUCAACAACCUGAUGGAAGAUGUUUCAUGAGGUGCAUUCCAUGACAUGAAAGUACAGUUGUUUAGUGAAUGCAUUGGAGCCCCUGGAACUGUAAUAUGCUGUCUUUGUUUGAGAGAUGUCCUGAUCAGGGGUGAAAUUCAUUGGAAUAUCAGGGGUGAAAUUCAUUGGAAUAUCAGGGGUGAAAUUCAUUGGAAUUGACCAAUAGCGGACCAAAUACGGUGUCCUUUAAGAGACUAAACCGCAACACUAGACCAGGUCCUUUCACCAACAUAUGCAACUCCCACCAACAACAAAUGUCACCUUCAUUCUUGUUUUCAUCAACCGUCAAACAUACUGCUGUUAAAUUUUAUUUUCUAAUAAAGUAUUGAUACAAAAUCA